AUGGAUCACAGCCAUAUGGAUAUGGAGUAUAGCAACGCUACGUGCACACAUGCGAUGGCAUGGAACUGGAAUACUAUUGGCACUUGCUUGCUUGCUGAAUCGUGGCGCAUUGAAAACGAGGGGACUUUUGCAGCCUCGUGUAUCGGCGUUUUUAUUCUUGUCAUAUGCCUAGAGUUCCUCCGCCGGAUAGGAAAGGAGUAUGACAGCUUUAUACUACGGCAAUUCCGGCAGCAUUUAGCGGCAGAAGCCCGCGCAUCCAAAGGAGAAGACUCAUGCUGUUCCGAGGCGCCGACCCCCGGGCCGCAAGUCGUCACGUUUAGGGCAACGCCCGUACAGCAGCUGAUCCGUUCUAUCAUACAUGCAUUUGCUUUCGGUGCCGCAUACAUACUCAUGCUAAUAGCCAUGUCAUAUAACGGCUACAUCAUAAUAAGCAUCAUUAUCGGCGCCGGCGUUGGAAAGUUCCUAUGCGAUUGGAUGAUCGCCAAGGUCGUGAUCGGAAACGAGUCCCAAUCAGAUAAAGAGGUGAACAGCGGUCUUGAAGAACCGUCUGUAUGCUGUGGUUAA